AUGGCCGCUACUCCGUUCCCUCCACCCCUGGAUGGCAGCUUCUCCCAUUUUAACAUUUUCAAUGACGGCGGCGCUCCGAGGAAUACACCCCCUCCUGCAAGUCCUGGUCUGCCUGGAGGUCCAUGCAACUUUGUCGACCUGAGCCAUGGGCCCAACGGCCCAAAAUGCGGCUGUCGCCGUUUCUGGGGACGCCAGGUCGCCGGCGCAGGACUCAACGCUGCGGACCAGGCCGGCUGGUGCAUGUGCUCGCACCACGCCUGCUUUCACGACGAUGGAAACCACACCCAGGUCACAGCAGCGCCCGCUGCGCCGGUAAUGGACAACAUGCCAGGACAGGAGAAUGAGAAGCCAAGGUCAAACAGGGCCCCGCUGAGUCCUGUCCAGGAUUUUGCUUCUUUCCAGAUGCCGUCCAGCCUUGCAGGAGCCGCCAUGGACUUCGCUGCACUCAAUUUUGAUUCCUUCGCGUCCAACAUGGGAUUUUGCGCACCUCCACCGCCGGUAAAACCACCUGUUCCGGCACAUGAUAGUGAUUCCAUGCCGGAUACAUUGAGCUGGAGGAAUGUGCCUUCCACCCAAGGAUGCCCAACACCGCUCCCGCCCAUUCCAUCGCAGUGUCUGAUCCCAGACUCGCAGUCGGCUUCUACCACGGCGUCCAGCCAAAUGAGAUAUUUACGGCCAUUCCACGGGGUGGGCCUUAACACACUAAGUAGUGUGACCCCAACCAAGGAAGUCGCGCAGGCCGGCAAAGGCACCGGUGUCACGCCUGAAACCAACCUGGAUGGCCAAAUCUGUGACGACGCCAUCACCGUUCCGUCUGGGGCAGCUACUCCGAAACCAGGACCCUCCCAGGUGCAGAGCACAAGCCCUGGUAUCUCAAUCUCAUCUCCUGGCCACAGGAACGAUGCUCUGCGAAACCUGAGUGACACUGUCGAGGACCACAACCAGCGACUUGACAAACUGGAGACUGGAUCGAUUUACUUGACGGCUCAUGAGGAAUGCUCGGACAAACAUGACGUGACUGAUCUUCGAGUGACAGAGCUCGAGACACGCAUGGAUGAUGCCGAGAAGAGGCUGAAUGAUGAUACCGCCAGCCUUGCCAGCACACGUCGCAUCACCCAACGUGAUGACGACGCCACUGUCAGCGAUGUGUCCUUGUCAUCCAAUGCCACAGUGCGGGCUGCUGAGCGUGCUGCUCUGGCCAGCCAGCUCGAGGUAUUACAAGCUCGGGUCAAUCAACUCGAAGCAUCUGCACUGCCGUCCUACACCUCUCCUUGGGAACUAGAAGUGGUGUUUCUGCCAUUCCCUCUCAAGGGAAUUUGGUUAGAAGCACAUGAUUUCAAGAACUCUCGCUCGUCUGGCGGACGAGAUGAGUGGACGCCAGGGCCAAACACAAACAGCAGAGCCACCCCAGAGCCCCAAGGACUGGCGUCGUAUGAUGAAUGGGUUGGGCAGGGCACGGGAUGGCUGUUGCCUAGAGCUUGUGCUCCGGGCAGGCUAAUUGAUCAGCGCCUCAAGAGCCGCGGUCUGAUCAAGCAAGUCCAAGUCCGGGGUGCCGACUCUCGCAGCGUGCAGAUUGCCAUCGGAAACGCCUUCCAGGACAUUCUGCGGAUGAGUCCCCAUCCUGCCAGCCCUAAGUCUCCAUGCGGCUCAGACACCAGAGUGCAUAGGUUCUUUGGGCUGCAGCAAUCCUGGGUGCCUCUGCGCAAAGUACACAAGGAUUCUCGGCUUCGAUUCCUGUCGCCUCCGGAGCUGCUGACCCCUACGCUAUGGACCGCGAUGUUCUUGAUGGACAGCGUAGUCAUGAAAGCUACGGGUUUGCAUCGGCUUUACAUUACGCAACCCGAAGCGUAUCUCCAGGACAAUCAUUCCUUGAACUUCCUUGGUGCCAAUCCUGGCUGGACUUGGCAGAAGCUUCGGGAACUCGAUCGCGUCUAUUCAGACUCGCAGACAACCAAUGGCAGUUUCGAGGUCCCCGAGGCCGAUGCACUGGAGGAGUACUGGGCAUUCAACGCGCGCCUUGACGACCCUCCCAGUGCUCGACAGUCUGUCAUGAGCCUUCAGCAGUCACACGAGAAGGCGAUCAACAUGUCGCGGACAACAGACGGGUCGACGGAGCAAUUUUUCACAGUGCCUUCGCAUCUAAGCACAUCGAUGAUGAGUCCGAUGAUGGCCAGAGGGCAAUCUCCAUUCACUCAGAGAGAGCGUCAACGCUCCAGGCCACCAUUUGUGCGAACUGGUUCUAUGCCGCCAGUGAGCGCCCCAACCAUACACUCUCCCGCACGCAGCAGCCGUCGAAUGUCCUCCUUCGCCAUCAUGCCCACCGUCGCUGGACCUAGUUACCAACGGCACCCGUCGCCUCUUGUUACCGGCCGCCCUAGCCCUCGCGUGUCCCUGGUCUCCAACGCUCCAGCAGUGGCCAUGGUCACCAAACACAGACACCGAAACACUCGUUCGCCUUCACUCCGGCUGCAUAACACACCGCGUUGGAGUAAUCGGUCCUACAGCCGCAGUCCAAGCGUGAAUCCCAUGCCCUUCCAACAUGCACUCCCCGAGCAGCCAAUCCGAGGAGAUCGCCGCCCAACGCCCAUGGCCUACAUGACUCCCUACAGCAAUGCACCCCCAGAAUUCCCACCUCAAGGGCUCCACCCUAACCGGAGUUACCAUGUGCAUGGAGACGAUGGGAUGAUGGAUUUCGACGACGACCGAGGCAGCUCGACGGAUCCAUACGGCGAGGAGAGUGAUGGCGACGUGCCAGACGAAGACGACCCUGACGUGGACGUUUAUGAAGACGAAGCAGACAUGCUUGAUGAUCUAGAAAGUGGCUCAGAUGGGCACCACCACUCUGCCGGGCAUUCGCAACAUCAUCGGGCACAGAACCAAUCUUCGCAGCCUCAAGGAGCAGAAGACAUCCCUUGGCCAGGCAUUGAGGACAACAUGUCAGAUGGGGAGAACCUGGACCCGCGCGACGUUGCCAGCGACGGAGACCACGAUGACGAUAGAAGCGAUGUCUCUUCACAGCCUUCGGAGUACCCCAGCACCCAAAGGGCAUGGCGAGUACCUGCUGGGGGCGAUGGGAGAGAAAUGACACGAGCACUUGAGGAUGAUGACGUACCCGCGGGCGUAAAUUUCACCAUACAUGAGGACCCGGACGGAGAGGAGUCCGAGCCAGAGGCGCAAAAUAUAUGGUGA